CUGACCAGAGUCCAGGAUCCUCUGGUGCCUGUUUAGCCCGCUUUCCCAUUGGCUGCUGGGACCCACCCCUUUGGGUUCCUCCCCCUGCCUUGCAGCUCUCUGAGAGACUUUCCCUUGGGAGACAACAGCACUAUGACUGACAAGCCUGUCCUCUAUUCCUAUUUCCGAAGCUCCUGUUCAUGGAGAGUUCGAAUAGCUCUGGCACUGAAAGGCAUUGACUAUGAGACAAUCCCCAUCAACCUCGUAAAGGAUGGGGGGCAACAGUUCUCUGAGGAAUUUCAGACCCUGAAUCCCAUGAAGCAAGUGCCAACCCUGAAGAUUGAUGGAAUCACCAUUGGCCAAUCACUGGCCAUUGUGGAGUACCUGGAAGAGACUCGGCCCACCCCACGUCUCCUGCCUCAAGACCCAAAGAAAAAAGCCAUUGUGCGCAUGAUUUCUGACCUCAUCGCUAGUGGCAUCCAGCCCCUUCAGAACCUGUCUGUCCUGAAGCAAGUGGGACAGGAGAACCAGCUGCCUUGGGCACAGGGGGCCAUUACUUCUGGCUUUAAUGCUCUGGAGCAGAUUCUGCAAAGCACAGCAGGGAAGUACUGUGUAGGGGAUGAGGUAUCCAUGGCUGAUGUGUGCUUAGUGCCCCAGGUGGCAAAUGCUGAAAGGUUCAAGGUGGACCUCAGCCACUACCCUACCAUCAGUCACAUCAACAAAACCCUGCUGGCCUUAGAGGCUUUCCAAGUGUCUCACCCCUGUCGACAGCCAGAUACACCUGCCGAGCUGAGGGCAUAGCUCCCAAACCAUGCCCCAUUGGUACAGGGAAGGGAAUCGGGCUCAGAUACUGGGUAAGCUGGACAGGCUCAGAAAUGAGUGAAUUGUAGCAGAGGACUUAAACUUGACCCUUUCCCACAGGAAGUAGCAGAAACUCUUGGAAGUCCGUGACAUUCUUUUGAGGCCCCCAGGAUUAGUUUUCUCUAGAGAAAUGAAAUUAGUAGGAUAUAUCUCCCAUCAACUUCAUCUUGCCUUAAUCCUCUCAUCUGCCAUGUUAGGAUUGAGCGUGGGCAGACACAUGACUGCUAUAAUGGCUAAUGCUGUCAGCUUGAAAAAAACCUAGUCACCUGGAUGAAGGGCCUUUAGGAAUGUCUGUGGGGGGUUAUAUUGGGAGACCAUCAUGAGUGAUAGUGGAACCCUGGGAUGGUGGAGGAUCCCCUGGGAUGGUGGAGGAUCCCCUGGGAUGGCGGAGGAUCCCCUAGGUAGAAGAUUCCAGAGCCUGUAAAAGCAGAGAAAGAGCUGAGCACUGUUGCGUAUAUAUCCGUUGCUGCUUUCUCCUGACUGGAUGCAGUGUGAUCAGCCACUCCCACUGAUGCUGUGACUUCCCUGCCAUUGUGGAUUGUAACCUGGAACUAUGAGUGAAAAUAAAACCUUUUGUCCUUUA